AUGGCGGCGAAGGCGGUGGCAUGGUGGUUUACCGGUUCGAAGAGCAUGUUCUCGGAAAUGAUGCAUUCGGUAGCUGACACUCUCAACCAGAUUUUACUCGCCUAUGGACUUCGUUUCUCCCUUCAGCGACCAGAUGUGGAUCACCCGUACGGCUACCAGCGGAUGCAAAGUAUCUCCUCGCUCAUUAGCGGCGUUGGGAUCUUUUUCCUCGGCUCAGGGUUCACCUUCUAUCACGCCGUCCAAGGUCUCAUAGUGCCACACGGACUUGACGAAACCUCUGUUUACGGGGCCAUUGCCGUCACCAUCGGGUCGCUUCUCUCUGAGGGCUCCACCCUCCUUAUGGCCUAUAGAGAGGUGAAGGCGAAAGCGGCGGAAAGUAAAUUUGACUCCAUCCGGGCCUACCUUGAGUCAGGUACAGCCAAUCCGAGCACGUCCGUGGUCCUCUUGGAGGAUACCGCCGCUGUUUUAGGAGUCCUCGUGGCCACCGGCGCCCUCUCCGCCUCCAUCUGGACUGGUGCUACGUGGCCAGAUACCGUAGGAGGCAUUGCAAUUAGUGGGAUACUCGCUGCAGUCGCCGCAUUCAUAAUUCGAACGAACACGGAUAUUCUCCUGGGAAAAUCUAUUUCAUUGGAGAGGCAGGAGAAGAUAAUGCGUUUCAUCGACAAUGUGAAAAUUAUUCGGGGAACCUACGAUACUAAAGCCAUGCUCAUGGGUGGUGGUGAUUCAGUUCGGCUUAAGGUUGAGGUCGAUGUCGAUGGACGCGAAUUGACUCGCCGAUACCUUGAAACCAUGCAGCUUGACGUGCUACUUGCGGAAAUCAACACCAUCAAAACAGAAGAACAGAUGGUCCAUUUCAUGCUGAAGCACGGAGACCAGAUUGUUAACACCCUAGGCGCCGAAAUCAAUCAAAUUGAGGAAGGAUUGAAGAAAGAAUUUCCCGACAUAAAGCACAUCGAUAUCGAGAUCAACUAG